AUGGACACACUUGACAUAUCUAUUUCGUCUCUAAUCCCUUCUGAGCAUCAAGCAGCAGGCCACGAUGGCUGUAUGACGCUGAACUCACUAUUCUUCAAACCAACAAAUCAACAAGAACUUGACUUUUACACCAAAUGCAACCAAGUCGAUCACCAGCGACUAAACAAGUUGGAGAAAAUAGAAAAGGAAAAAGAAGGAGUUGACCUAGGGGCUUUGAUAACGCAUUGGAUGCCUGCUUGGCUCGGUAUCUUGAAUGAAGGAGAUAUUAGAGUCAAUCAUCACUCCUCAGUUUCAAACUCACCAUCUUCACAAUUGCACAAUCAACAAGAUUUAGUCAAGCCAAAUACAGAAAAAACACAAUAUAUUGUACUACAAAACUUGUAUCACAAGUAUCUACACCCAAGCAUAUUGGACAUAAAACUCGGCUCAAAAUUGACAGAUGACUCGAAAACAACAAAAGAAAAAAUCGCACGAUUACAAAAGGUUAGUGAAACCACCACAAGUGGCUCCUUGGGCUUUCGAAUAUGCGGAAUGAAACAAUACAUUGGCAAGGAAACUUUAAAGCCUCAAUUGGAACUAUUUCAUGGGAUGAAUGAAAACACCAUUGUAUUGCAAAAGAACAAAGAAUGCAUUACGUUUAAUGGAGAAAUAAUUGUAGAACACCACAACUACCUCGAGUACAAUAAACACUUUGGCAGAUCACUAAACAAACACAAUGUGGAAGAUGCACUACAACUAUUUUUCUCAAAAAUACCACCAACACAGGCUGCUUGGUUGAUCCAAAGAUUUCACCAACGAUUGCAACUCUUGUACAAUUGCUUAUUGAGCUACGAGGUAAGAAUAUUCUCAGGAAGUUUGCUCUUCAUUAUAGAGGGUGACAAAAGAGUGUGGAAAAAGAUGGUUGAUGAGGAAAAAUACGCAAAUUCAGAUCCCUUGAUUUGUGAAUUUGACCCAACCAGUGAUGAUGAAGAAGAGGAGGAGGAGGAGGAGGAGGAGGAGGAGGAGGAGUUCGAAAAGAAAGAACCAGCAAAAGAAAAACAAACCAAUCUUGUAAAUACAAUAUUCAUCCCGGUUAAUGAGAGCCCCGAAAAAUUGAGUGGAUUGCAUAUUAUAGAUUUCGCACAUGCAAAAUUUGUCGAGGGUGCUGGUCACGAUGACAAUAUACUCGACGGAAUUGAAAAUCUCAUCGACAUCUUUGCCAAACUAGCAGAAAACAAUGUAUAG